AAAGGACUUCGUUAGUUUCUGAAAACACCGUUGAGUUGUAUAAUAUGUCUAGCUACGCCUCCAUUGCUGCUCGCGAUGCUCCCCCCACGUCUGAGCAGCCUCGUCCGGAUCCUGCGCUCCUAACAACCGAACACUCCUCUGCAAGUAAUGUAAUCGACGAUACUUCCAAAGUGAAUAUUGUUUCCAGCGAUUUUAAAGAUAAACUUGCUACACGUACAUCCGAAACAUAUGUUCCAAAAGACAUCGAUGAUGAUCUCAUCGACCCAGGCAGGAAAGUGGGAAAGAGUAAAGGGAACAGGCGCCUUCAGGAGGCUCGGGCAGAAGGGACCUAUUUGUGGGAGGUCACAAAACACAUUUUGUUUCGCCCAGGUGUUGCCGGUGGUCUCAUUGGCUUGGUAAAUAUUGGCCUUUUGUCUAGCGUGGGCUACGUAUUCUAUACGAAACCUAGCCUUCGUCGGAAUUUCACUUCCAUCGGUUCGGCGGCGGCAGGAGCCCUGUUAUUAAUCGGGACUGAAGGCUACGCAGUAGAGAAGUAUCGAAAGACCUCUAUAGGCCGCCGGGAGGAACGACGCGCGCGCGAGGAGGGCACCCUCAUCUACAAGCAACUUCGAGAACACGUCUUUCGUCCGGGUGUCUUGGGCGGUUUAGUCGGACUAGUAAAUACAGUGAUUCUUGGUGCAGUUGGGUAUUAUGGCUACACAACCUGGCACAAACCCAAGUGGAACCGGGAUGUCGUCACUGCUGUCUCAUUCGGCCUGCUCACGCUUUGGGGUGGCGAAGGAUAUCUUGUAGAGCGCUAUCGUGCAGAACGGCGGGGGCAGUGAUGUCAAGAAGCCGUAGCUGCGGUUUGGAAGAGCACCUGUACACUAUGUCAAUCUGAUUCGAUGAUGAAGUCUUUACUCAGCGACAGGUAUGUUUACUGGUGGACACUUGAGAUAUUUCUACACAUCGCUCUUGCAAGUGACCACUGAGUAAAAAUGUAUUCAAG